GCGAUAUCUGUCCACCACCUCUUUAUCCCUUCGCAUUUAUCUUGGUCGUUUUCAAAACGAGCACGACUGACAAAUAUGUCUACAGUCACAAUCGAUCACCCUACAGAAGCGUUUAAAAAGCUCACGCUCAAGACUACACCGGCCACACCGUUGAAGCACUUGGUGGAUACGGCAGUGGAAAAAUGGGGAUUGGGCAAUGCCGAGGGCUUUGGGUUACGACACGGAAAGAAUAAUCUUGAUUUAUCACUGUCGAUGCGAUUUGCGAAUUUGGCUCAAGGGGCUAAAUUAAGUCUGGUUCCUAUUAAAAAUGGACCUGCUGGUCCUAUAUCGAUAGCACUGCAAACACCUGAUGGAACUCGGCUGGUUGACAAGUUUCCAGCAUCAACUACCUUAUGGAAUAUUCUGGUGCAUUUUGAAACAAGGGAUGGGAUUAAUUUGACAAAACGAACAAAUAUUGAAAACAAGAUGAAAAAGCCAGUAUACAUGAUGCCUGUUUGUGUACUGAUGAAUAAGGAGUUCUCGACGAUUGAAUCUUUGAAGAACACCACAUUACAAAAGGCUGGCCUAACAUCUGGAAAUGGUGUCGUCCGCGUCUUAUUACGGGGAACCAGCCUCAGUUUGGAGGAUGCGAUGCAACAUGCUGAGCAGGUUACCACAAAUGACGAAGCGGUGAUUGAAGCGACCAAGCCGUCACCCGAUGCCCCCGUGGCACAUCCACAUCUGUCUGCACCAAACCCGGAGACGGCCCCCACUUCUGUGCAGCCAGCACCGCAGGUCCAUGCUCCACCCCCCGUCAUGCCAACUCUCCCUCAAAACCAAACAGAACCACAGGCGGCUUCCGACUUCACCCCCCCAUCCUUUGUUCAGAUAUCAUCAAGUGACACGUCCCUAAUGGAUGUAGACGCCGAUUACGUGUCCAUCCCACCAGUUGACGUUGAUACAGGCGCUCAAAUGUCUCCCCCUGUCCUUGUGUCCAGACCUUCGUCGCCUCCCACAGAACAAAGAGAUACUCUCCCCGAAUCGGAACCAGAAUCCCUCGAAUUUGACCGUGAGAUUCGGGCGUUCCGUCCACCACCCGAAGGAACUCCAUACCCACAAUUCGACCUUCCCGAGUCUUUUUACGACAUUACACCUACUGAACUCAAGCUCCUCCUUGCCCAACACGCCCGGCACACAAACCCAGACGCCCCUCUGAUGACCAGACAAAUGCGCGAAAGGGAAUUACAGUUGAAUCGCCAACGGUAUCCAAAGACGAUGGUGAGAAUCAGGUUUGGGGAUUGGACGCUGGUUCAACUUCGGUGUUUGAGUAUGGAAAAGUUAUCAACGUUGAAAACGCUUUUGAACCCGCUUCUCAAAACACCAUCCCGUCCUUAUACACUCUACACAACACCGCCGUUCAAACCACUGGAUAUGAAUCAAACCUUUUGGGAAGCGAAUCUCGCGCCCGCCGUGUUGAUCCAUUUCAAAUGGGAUGAUCAGCAGCAUGCGCCAAGCGAGGGAUACCUCAAUGAUGAAUGGUUGGGACGGUUGGAGGAUUUGCCGGGAACAACGAGUCAUGAAGUGGGCGGGUUGGCCGGCGUGGGAAUUAGCAAGGAGGAAGGGACCGAAAACGGCAAGAAGCGAGCAAAGUGGUUACCUAGUCUUGGUGGGAAUGGUGGUGAAGGUGGGCGAACUUUGGGUGGGAAUGGUCAGUCUUUAGGGUCUUCCUCGCAGGGAUUGUACGGAGAUCAGAGGGAUGCAGGACUUGGAAGGUCACCGGGCUCUGGGAUGGAGGACGCCAAGGUGGAUAAGAAACCAAAAUGGUUCAAAAUUGGUCGCAAGUGAAAAACGAAACUUGAAGCAAGACGUGACUGAUUUGUAAACAGAAUGUACAGCAAAUGUAUAUAAAUCGUGAUUCACCGUCACUUUCGCAUAUAGUUGCAGGAGUAUGGAGAAAAUCCCAGAUCCAAGACUCCG